CACACUGGGAAAUAAGGCGUCCCACAAGAAAAUCCAGCAAAACGAGGCAACGGGAAAAGUGCGUUUCUGCCUUGUUGGCUUGCUGGCCCUGCUGGCACCUGCACCGCCCAUCAGAAGUACGCCAAUGAGAGCAGUUGCUGCCACCGAGAAUUCUGGUCAACUGAACUCGAGCAAUGCCCACCCCCUUUUCGGUUUGUCUGGUCUGUCCGACUUGGUUGAGGUGGGCUGUGGUGGGCUGAGGUUGGCUCAAGGGGAUCAUCUUGGGAACAGUCAGCAGAAAUGGGAGUUGAUUCCUGGUCAACCUCUUUUUCCACUUUGUUUUCUGCUUCACCCAAGGCAAUCCACCGGACGGACUCACUCCUCUCACCACUGGAUUGUCACUGCCACUGUCACCGUCGCAGUAGUCACUGUCGAGUCUCUUCCCGAGUCCCGCUCCCCUCUUUCACCCGUCCCCGUUCCCAUCCACACUCUUUUUGACCAAAAACCCCUGUCAGUAUCCCCCCUUUCGUCCCCUUGUAUCCGUUACGGCACCCAGCCCAGUCCCUCCCGUCAUGACAUCCCUGCUCAAAGGGUGAACCCGCGAUUCCGCCGUCCGUCCUGCCUAGCGAACUGCUGCGGGUACGGAGUAGGAAAAGGAAGGCUCGAGGUGUGUGAGUGAGCCUGUGAGGUGAGGGGAUUUGGGGGACCCGCGAUGCGAUGACUCUACCUACUCACCUCACCUCGGACACACGCACUCACUCACGCACUGCGUAACUGCAAAGUCGCAAAAAGUCUGCAGCCAAGAGGCAACC